CCUUUGCUGAAUCUUAUUGAUCCAGAAGGCGGCUAAUUAGCCCUUCCCUUCGUGCCUGUGUAAUGAAGCACAUGCGCACUGAAUUAAUCACAGCCAUUUUUUGCAGGAAACUAAUUAGCAGGAAUAAAGAUCCAAAGAGUUUUUUCUUUUCAAUCAUCAGAUCUCACUUUCACCUCUUCCUCGCUCCCUCUAACACAAGACUCAUCGCCUGCUUUGCAUCCAAAUUAUUUUUAUAUUGCCUUUAACAACUAAUAGUAGCUACCUACUUCGGUUUUUUACACUCCGCAACAACAAUGAUCUUUCUUUUGCCACCCUAAGCGCAAACUGACCAAAAGGGGACUGCCUUGAUGGGAUCUUUAGCUAAAUCAUCUCAAUACUGGAUUAAAAAGCGAGGAUCACAAAGCGGCAGCGAGAAAUUGCCUGGAUGCGAUGAACGCCUCAUGUAGGCAUCAGCAUGGACAGCUGUGAGUCUCCUGUGGUUUCUGGGACAGACGAUGGGCUCGGCUCCUCCCAGCAGCAGCAACCACCACAGCCCUGGAACGAUCACUCUAGCUCACAGGUCCCUUGCACCAACCAGGCCCCUUCCCUGGACCCCCUGUCUCUCUCUGCUCCCUACCCUUCUCAACCCCAAAAUCCCAGUGCGCCUCAUGACGGGGUGAGAGAACUACAGUCCCAGCAGCAGCAGCCAAAACAGACAUCACCCCAGGCCCACCGUGAUAGCUCUGCCACAGGCCAGCUGCAUCCCAGAAGACAGGGUCUUGAGGAAGAAGAGCAAGAGGGAGUGAGCUGUGGUGAAGAGGCAGAAUCUGAGGACUUAGAUGAAAUGGAGAUUGACAGCUGUUUCCCAAGUCUUCAACCCUUUCCUGGGGUGCCGAUGGCUUCAGGGGGAGGAGGCAUGCCCACUCUUUUGCGACAUCAGCCCACACGACAGCAGGGAGCACCUGAGAGUGGGAGUGAGGAAGGAGAGGAGGAAGAGGAAGAGGAGAGUAGUGAUGUGGAGAACCUGGCUGGAGAGAUAGUCUACCAGCCAGACGGCUCAGCCUACAUAGUGGAGAGCCUCAGUCAGUUGAUCCAAAGUGGUGGGGGCAUGGUACCCAGCCUGCUUCCCACAAACUCUCUCACCAGUGGGGGAAAACCGGGGGAACCUGCUGGGACUUCAUCCUCGGUCUACCCUCAGAUCAUCAACACGUUCCACAUAGCCUCGUCCUUCGGGAAGUGGUUUGGCAAUUCAGACCAAGGUUUCCCCAAUACCUCAACCAUGGCAGGCCUCAGCCCUGUCCUGCACAGUUUCCGUGUCUUCGAUGUGCGGCACAAAAGCAACAAGGAUUACCUGAACAGCGAUGGGUCUGCCAAGAAGUCCUGUGUAUCCAAAGAUGUUCCCAACAACGUGGAUUUCUCCAAAUUUGAUGGACUAGCCCUGUAUGGCAAGGGUAAGCCCAUUCUCAUGUGUUUUCUCUGCAAGCUGUCCUUUGGCUAUGCGCGUUCCUUUGCCACUCAUGCCGUCCAUGAUCACCGCAUGACACUGUGUGAGGACGAGCGGCAGCUGCUAGGGGACAAGCAGGCAUCUGCCAUCAUCCAGGGCAUUGGGAAGGACAAAGAGCCCCUCAUCAGUUUCCUGGAACCAAAAAAUAAGAGCACUCCUCUGCCACCUACCCUGCUCCCCAUUAACUCUGGCCAGAGCUUCUAUGGCACAUUUAGUGGUGUCCAUCUGGAGCCUGGAAACAGCAGCAGGGACAGCGAGACCCUCCUCAACAAAGACUCUGACUCUGGCCUCCAGCAACAGCAGCAGCAACAAACCCCACUAAGCUCGGUCCUCUCUCUUGGAGGGCUGAGCAUUCCCAAAGCGUCCACUCUUACCUCAUCCCCAGGCUCUGCCAAAGACUCCAGUGCCCUGCCCAAACAGGGAGGGAGAACAGAGGAGCCUGCUGGGAAAGAGUUGGCAUGCAAGGGAGAGGAUGGGGACACUGAGGGACAUGAAAACAAGGCGCACCUAUCGAGCCAGAUGGGGGGCUCGGAAGAAGAAGAGGAACUGUUAUUAGGGGAGGAGGAAGACGAGGUGGAGGCAGAAAGCACUGCAGUGGCCUGUGGUGGUAACAGUAGCAGCGGCGGGGGUGAAGCGGGGGAACCAGCUGUCUCAAACCAAAGCAUUUCCAAAUCUCCUUUAUUAAUGCCUAGUAGCGCUCUCCAGCCUUCUGCCUGCACCUCUGCGGUCAGUUCCACACUCAACAGCAAAGCCCCUGCUUCCACUUCCUCCUCUGUCAAGAAAGAGGGUUCAGCUGCAGACGGUGGGGGGAGGACCUCAGAGCUCCCUCUGAGCUUUAACUGCCAGGGGCCCACUGUUCCCAUGGCAAUGGCGGCAGCUGCCGUCAGAAGGAGCGAGGAUGACACUGCUGGCACUUCCUCCUCACCUCUGUCCUCCAAUGCUGCUGCUGAUGAAAGUGCCAAUCGAGAUAGUGCCACAGCUCCAGAACCAAAUGAUUGCCCGGCAGAGGGAGAGGAGGAAAAUGGAGCCCUUCUGCACCAUCACCACAUGCACCACCAUCAUCAUCACCUCCACCCUUCAUCUCAUGGCCACUCCCACCUCCCCCCAGGAGGCCCCUGUGACAUGACGGGGAUGGGCGAGUGUUCACAGAACCAUGGGCCUGGUGGUAACGGAGGAAGUGGGGUAGAAUGCCCUAAAUGUGACACAGUUCUGGGUUCCUCACGCUCCUUAGGUGGGCACAUGACCAUGAUGCAUUCACGCAACUCUUGCAAGACACUCAAGUGUCCGAAAUGCAACUGGCAUUACAAGUACCAGCAGACGUUGGAGGCUCACAUGAAAGAGAAGCACCCAGACUCUGGAGGCUCCUGUGCGUACUGCAGCAGUGGUCAGAGCCACCCUCGUCUGGCUCGUGGAGAAAGCUAUACCUGUGGAUACAAGCCCUUCAGGUGUGAGGUGUGUAACUACUCAACCACCACAAAGGGCAACCUAAGCAUCCACAUGCAGUCGGACAAGCACCUGAACAACAUGCAGACCCUGCAGAAUGGAGGCACCAUUGGCUCUGCGCAGGAGCAGGUGUUUGGACAUACCCCUGGAGGAGUGGUGGCUGUCCCCUCAGUGACCCAGGCCAGUAGCCAUCACCCGCCCCACCACCACCCUACACAGUCCUCCACCCAUAUGGCUGGACCGUGUGGGGCCCCCUCCCCGACCAAGCCGAAGAGCAAACCUACUUGGCGGUGUGAGGUGUGCGACUACGAAACCAACGUGGCACGGAACCUGCGCAUCCACAUGACCAGCGAGAAGCACAUGCACAACAUGAUGCUACUCCAGCAGAAUGUGACUCAGAUGCAGCAUGGCCGACUUGGCCUGGGAGCCAUGCCGUCACCAUCUGAGGCUGAGCUCUACCAAUAUUACCUGACCCAGAACAUGAGCCUUCCUCCAGGCCUCAAGAUUGACCCAGCUGGAGCUGAGGCCCAGUUCCUGAUGGGGAGCUUUCACCUGGAUCCCAACAUGGCUGCCCUGGCCCCUGCACUUGUAGGUGGGGAGAUCCCUAUGGAUGUGCGGCUGGGCGGUGGGCAGUUGGUGUCUGAAGAACUGAUGACCCUGGGAGAAAGUCUAUCACAAACCAGCGACCCCUCCCUCAAGCUGUUUCAGUGUGCUGUAUGCAACCGCUUCACCACUGACAACCUGGAUGUGCUCGGCAUGCAUAUGGGAGCUGAACGCAGCCUGCCGGAGGAGGAGUGGCGCGCUGUGGUGGGCGACUCUCACCAGUGCAAGUUGUGCCACUACACCACUCAGCUCAAGGCCAACUUCCAGCUUCACUGCAAGACAGACAAGCAUGUGCAAAAGUACCAGCUUGUGGCCCACAUAAAAGAAGGGGGCAAAGGCAAUGAAUGGCGCCUUAAGUGUGUGGCCAUAGGCAACCCGGUACACCUGAAGUGCAAUGCCUGCGACUACUACACCAACAGCCUGGAGAAGCUGAGGAUGCACACUGUCAAUACCCGCCAUGAGGCUAGCCUCAAACUCUACAAGCACCUGCAGCAGCACGAAAACGCGGUGGAGGGUGAUGCCUGCUACUACCAUUGUGUGCUGUGCAACUACUCGACCAAGGCCAAGCUCAACCUGAUCCAGCAUGUGCGCUCCAUGAAGCACCAGCGCAGUGAGAGCCUCAGGAAGCUUCAGCGCUUGCAGAAGGGCCUGCCAGAGGAGGAGGAAGACCUCAGCUCCAUCUUCACCAUUCGCAAAUGCCCUUCCUCGGAUACAGGAGAGCUGAGUGAGGAUGUGGAGGCUGCUAGUGAGACCACCACAGACCAGGAGGACCAAACCAAAGACAGAGAAAGUGGGGGGGAGAAGGAGCUCACCAAAGGGACAGCAGUGUCUGGCCACUUGGAGCGGCACCAGUCGGAUUCCCCAGUCCCCUCCAAAAGGCCCUCUUCGCGGUCUGAGACCUCCGAGAGCCCGCUCUCCUCGAAGCGUCCCAGGACAGUUGAGAAGAGCGCUGCGGAGCAGAUGUACCAGUGCCCCUACUGCAAAUUCACCAACACGGACCUGAAUCGUCUCAGAAUGCAUGUUAUGACGCAGCACUCUGUCCAACCCAUGUUACGCUGCCCAUUAUGCCAGGACAUGCUCAACAACAAGAUCCACCUGCAGUUCCACCUCACACACCUCCACAGUGUGGCUCCUGACUGUGUGGAUAAGCUUAUUGCCACAGUAACAGCAUCUGAAGUACUGCCAGCAAGCAUGUUCAUACCUGUACCAAGUCCAGACAGAGAGUCCCAGAGCACCCCUCAUGCCACAACCAACUCUAACUCGGAAGAGACAAAGAAGCAAGCUGAUGCAUCAGAUGCUGAUCCAGAGAAGGGGGUGUCACUCCCUACAGAAAUAGCAGAAUCUCGCAAGUCACCUCUGGAAGAUCAACAGUCAGAGAGGGAUGAUGCCACAGGAUUCCUGUGUUGGAAGAAAGGCUGUAAUCAAGUGUUCAAGUCCUCCAACUCCCUUCAGAUGCAUUUCAAUGAAGUUCACAACAAAAGGCCCCAGUUGCCUGUUUCAGAUCGCCAUGUAUACAAGUACCGCUGUAAUCAAUGCAGCCUGGCCUUCAAAACCGUGGAGAAACUACAGCUCCAUUCGCAGUACCAUGUGAUCAGGGCAGCCACUAUGUGCUGCCUCUGCCAGCGAAGCUUCAGAACACUACAGGCCUUGAAGAAACAUUUAGAAACCAGCCACCUUGAGCUGAGUGAAGCUGAUAUCCAGCAGCUUUAUGGGGGCUUAUUGAUGAAUGGUGACAUUAUGGUGAUGGGUGACCCAUCCCUUGGUGAGGAGCAUGGAAGUCUGGGAGAAGAUGACAAAGAGGGAGAUGAAAGUGACCCAGAGGAAAAACAAAGCCCAACAGGCAGUGAUUCUGGCUCACUGCAGGAGGAUUCUGGAUCUGAACCUAAACGUGCUUUGCCAUUCAGAAAGGGCCCCAACUUUACCAUGGAGAAGUUCUUGGAUCCAUCUCGUCCUUUCAAGUGCACUGUAUGCAAAGAGUCUUUUACUCAGAAGAACAUUCUUCUGGUUCACUAUAACUCUGUGUCCCAUCUGCAUAAGGUGAAAAGGGCUCUUCAGGAGUCCACCACUGGCCAACCUGAGCCUACCAGCAGCCCUGACAACAAGCCAUUCAAGUGCAGUACUUGUAAUGUGGCAUACAGCCAGAGUUCUACGCUGGAGAUCCACAUGCGCUCUGUUCUACAUCAGACCAAAGCUAGGGCAGCCAAACUUGAAGCAGCAGGAGGGAUCCCUAGCUCUGCAAGUGCUGCUGGUUUAAGCGGUGGGGGUUCCAGCAUCAACACUUCAACAUCUAGUCCAAGCCCAGCCAGCAACUCAACGACUAGCUCUACAAACCACAGUUCUUCUGGGUCCCAAACAGCUCAGAAUAUUCUUGGAGGAAACCAUAUGAACCAGACUCAUAGCAUUGAAAGCCUGGGGAAUUCUUCACUGAGUUGCCAUCCCUCACCAUCUGAGAACCAUGAGGUAAAAAAAUCAAAGUUUUCUGACAUGCUUUCUGCUAGGGGGCAGCAACAACAACAGCAGCAACAACAACAACAACAACAACAACAACAGCAGCAGCAGCAGCAGCAGCAGCAGCUUCAGCAACAACAACAAUUGGCUCAGGCUCAAGCCCAAGCUCAAGCCCAGCUUCAGCAAGAGAUCCAGCAGCAGGCUGCUCUUUUACAAUCACAGCUCUUCAACCCAGCACUUCUGCAGCACUUCCCCAUGACAACUGAUGCACUUCUCCCCCUGCAACAGCAGCAGUUACUGUUCCCUUUCUACAUCCCUGGAGCAGAAUUUCAGCUGAACCCAGAGAUCAACAUCAGUAAUUCAGCACUUGGCCUAGCAGGAUCCUCCACCUCCUCACUGCUGGAAGAUCUAAAAAACUCAGCCCAGCAGGCCCAGCAGAGUUGCUUGCAGCAGCAAUUGAUGCACCACCACCUUCAGCAGCAACAUCAACAACAACAACAGCAGCAGCAGCAGCAGCAACAACAGCAGCAGCAACAACAGCAGGCUCAGGGGCAGAUGGCAAUGCUGCAGCAGAAUGCAUCUCUUCUUCAGCAGGCUGACAAAAAGCAGAGACCUCCCUCCUCUCAGAAUGAGAAAGACAGAGAACUACAAAGAGAGAAGGGCACAAGUGAAAAAAAUGAGGAAUACCCCAACAAAGAUUCUACAGACAGCAAGCCAAGAGAAAAGAAGGACAUUCAGCAUAUUUCAAUAAACAUAAACCAUGAUACUGGCUUGCCUCCACCAAGGAUUGCUUCAGAUGCUCGAGGAAAUGCAACUAAAGCCCUGCUGGAAAAUUUUGGGUUUGAGUUAGUAAUUCAGUACAAUGAAAAUAAACAGAAAGCUCAGAAAAAGACAGCUGGACCUACAGGAUCAAGUGGUCCAGGUGGGAUAACAAGAGUGGUGGACCCCAUUGAGGGAUUAGAGAAACUGGAAUGUGAAGCCUGUGGCAAGCUGUUUUCAAACAUACUGAUUCUAAAGAGUCACCAGGAGCAUAUCCACCAGGCUUUCUUUCCAUUUCGAUCCCUCGAGAGAUUUGCCAAGGAAUACAGAGAACAAUAUGAUAAACUCUAUCCACUGAGACCCCCUACACCAGAGGCUGCUCCUCCUCCUCCACAGCCUCCUCCCCCACCUCCACCUCCACCCCCUCCACCCCAAAGAGCUCCCACACCAAAUAUUCCUGUCUCUGCUGCGUCUCUCACACCUCCAACAGUACCUACCCCACAGCCGCAAGUUCAGAUGGCACAGAUUCCCAUGCCAAUGGAUUUGCCCCUUUUCUCGCCACUCAUGAUGCAGCCCAUGUCUCUCCAGUCCUUGCCCUCUCAAUUGACUCCUCAGCUGCCAUCUGUUGAACCAAGCCUGGCCUCAGACCUGGCCCAGCUCUAUCAACAACAGCUCACACCAGCCAUGCUACAACAGCAGCAGAACAAGAGGCCACGGACACGCAUCACAGAUGACCAGCUUAGGGUCCUGCGACAGUACUUUGAUAUCAACAAUUCACCAAAUGAGGAGCAGAUUAAAGAGAUGGCAGACAAGUCAGGAUUGCCCCAAAAAGUCAUAAAGCACUGGUUCAGAAACACGCUGUUUAAAGAGCGACAGCGCAACAAAGACUCACCAUACAAUUUCAAUAAUCCACCAACGACAACUUUAGAAGACACAAAAAUUGAUUCUAAACCUCCUUCCCCUGAACCUAUGAAACAAGAAUUAUAUGGAAGUAAGAGAUCAUCCAGGACAAGAUUUACUGACUACCAGCUAAGAGUGCUACAAGACUUCUUUGAUGCUAAUGCUUAUCCUAAAGAUGAUGAAUUUGAACAGCUCUCCAACCUUCUGAGCCUCCCCACUCGUGUUAUUGUUGUGUGGUUCCAAAAUGCACGCCAGAAGGCAAGGAAGAAUUAUGAAAACCAAGGUGAGGGUGCAAAAGAUGGUGAAAGGCGAGAACUGUCAAAUGAUCGCUAUAUCCGCACCUCAAAUCUGAACUACCAGUGCAAGAAAUGCAGUCUGGUUUUCCAGCGUAUAUUUGAUCUAAUAAAACACCAAAAGAAGCUGUGUUACAAAGAUGAAGAUGAGGAGGGACAGUAUGACAGCCAAAAUGAGGAUUCGCUGGAUUAUUCCAAUGAUUGUUACACUCCCUCUGGGUCUUCCUGUCACACCCCAAUGCCCUCCUCUUCAAGUCUCUGCCCACUUCCACCCUCCACUUCGGCAUUCUCACACCUCUCAUCCACUGAAAAGGAGGAGGCAUCACCAGCAUCCACCUCAAACCUCUACGAUGAUGAGAAGCCCAAGCAGUUGCCAGGAAUUUCUGCAGAUCCACGAGAAAACCAAACCUCUAUUAAGCAGGAGGUUGUGCAUCAACCCCAGUCUGAGGCACAACACCAUAGACCCCAGAGAGAAGAGAAGAUUCAAACUAUUUCCAAGCCCAUCAAACAUUCAUCUCCUUCCUUCUCUCAGCAGCAACAGCAGUGUGGUCCCUCUGCCUCCCAGACAAGCCAGGCCUCAUCGCAAAGCUCUCACAUGAGCCUCAAUGCACACCUGUCCUCUGCCACACAGCAACUGGCACAACAGAUGAUCCCGUAUCAGUGUGAGCAGUGCAAGAUUGGCUUCCCCUCCUUUGAGCACUGGCAGGAACACCAGCAAUUACACUUCCUUUCUGUGCAAAAUCAAUUCAUCCACCCUCAAUUCCUAGACCGUCCAAUUGAUAUGUCUUUCAUGCUAUUUGAUCCAAGCAAUCCUCUCCUGGCAAGUCAGCUACUCUCUGGGGCAAUGCCACAGAUUCCCAGCAGCUCUGCCACCUCUCCGUCCACCCCCACCUCCACCAUGAACUCCCUGAAGAGGAAGUUAGAGGAGAAAGCUGGCACCAGCCCUGGAGAGAAUGACAGCACAAACAGCGGAGAAGAGCCACAGAGAGACAAGCGGCUCAGAACCACCAUCACACCUGAGCAGCUAGAGAUCCUGUAUCAGAAGUAUUUAUUAGAUUCAAAUCCUACACGAAAAAUGCUCGACCACAUUGCUCACGAGGUGGGAUUAAAAAAGAGAGUAGUGCAAGUCUGGUUCCAAAAUACCAGAGCCAGAGAGAGAAAAGGCCAGUUUCGAGCAGUAGGGCCAGCUCAAGCUCAUCGUAGGUGCCCUUUUUGUCGAGCUCUAUUCAAAGCAAAAACUGCCCUUGAGGCACACAUUCGCUCUCGUCACUGGCAUGAAGCCAAACGUGCUGGAUAUAAUUUAGCUCUCGCUGGUAUGUUACCUGAACAGGAGGGUAUGCAAAUAAAAAUAGAUGCUUUAGAGUCAGCAAGUUACUCCCAAAUGGCCCCAGCAAAUAGUGAUGGACAAAGCUCCUCUAUGUCACCAGUAAACAAAGGCAUGGAUUUGUCCCCCAGGGCUCUACUGAGCCCUUCAUCCAUUAAAGUUGAGGGGAUGGAAGAUUUUGAGAGCGCAACCAUGUCCUCUGUGAACCUCAGCUUUGAUCACAGCAAACUGGAUAAUGAUGACUGCUCUUCUGUGAAUACAGCCAUCACUGACACAACCACAGGUGAUGAGGCCAAUGCUGAUAAUGACAGUGCUGAUGCCAAGCACAGCCAAAUCAGCGGUGAUUACUUGUCAAAGUCUGGGGGCACAGUUGCCCUCCUUGAAGGUGAUGACCAGAUGUCCUCAGGGCUAGUAAGCCCUGCAACAAGCUAUUAUGCUAAGGACUAUGACAAUGAACAUAUGAUUGAUCACAGUGAGACGUCCAGCCUGGCUGACCCAUGCUCACCAAGUCCUGGAGCCUCAGGUACCAGGAGCAUUGACAGCGGAGAUCGCCCUGGCCAAAAGCGCUUCCGUACCCAAAUGACUAACCUCCAGCUCAAAGUGUUGAAAUCCUGUUUUAACGACUACAGGACUCCCACUAUGCUGGAAUGUGAGGUACUUGGCAAUGACAUUGGACUUCCAAAGAGAGUGGUUCAGGUGUGGUUUCAAAAUGCUCGUGCCAAGGAGAAAAAGGCUAAGCUUAACAUGGCCAAGCACUUCGGAAUAAAUCAGACAUCCUACGAGGGGCCGAAGACUGAAUGCACUUUGUGUGGUGUCAAGUACAGUGCUCGCCUCUCUGUCCGUGAUCACAUUUUCUCCCAGCAACACAUCUCUAAGGUGAAGGAUACCAUUGGCAGCCAGAUCGAUAAGGAAAAAGAAUACUUUGACCCCGCCACUGUCCGCCAACUUAUGGCCCAGCAAGAGAUGGACCGCAUUAAGAAGGCCAAUGAAGUUUUAGGACUGGCGCAGCAGCAGGCCAUGCAGCAGCAGGGGAUGUUUGAUAACCCUGCCAUGCAGGCUCUGAAUCUCCAGUCAGCUUAUCCAAAUCUGCAAGGCAUCCCACCUGUCCUUUUGCCAGGGGUUGGCAGCCCCUCUCUUUCCAGCUUUAACUCAUCUAAUUCAGCUUUAACUCCUCCAAAACCUUCAAACCUCCUGAACAUGCCUGGUGCCAGUGUUCCCUCACCUAGCCUCCCCACAUCCGGAUUACCCAACAAGCCUCCCUCCUCAUCGUCUCUUGCCGCAUCCAGCCCAGCCCAGACCAACACGUCUGCUUCCCAUUCGAGCCCCACCUCUACAUCCACCUCCACUUCCUCCACCACCCAGUCCGGCUCCCGGCCUGAACCCCCCAAAGAACGUGAUGCUGAGAGGGUAAGAGAGAAGGAGAAGUCCAAGGAAAAGACGGAGAAGCCCUCAACUCCAUCAUCAACUGGAAGCACCCCUGCCCCUUCCACUUCUGCUGCCAGUGCCAAGAAGGAGAAACCAGACACAGCUGUACCUGCCACCUCCAUGCCCACACCUGGUAUGGAGUAUGUGGUAGACCCUGCCCAGCUUCAGGCCCUGCAAGCUGCUUUGGCAUCAGACCCCACAGCUCUCCUCACCAACCAGUUUUUGCCCUACUUCAUGCCUGGCUUUUCCCCGUAUUACACCCCACAGAUCCCCGGGGCUCUCCAAGGGGGCUACCUGCAACCCAUGUAUGGUAUGGAAAGUCUCUUCCCUUAUAACCCAGCAUUGUCACAAGCACUGAUGGGCCUGUCUCCAGGGUCCCUGCUGCAGCAUUACCAGCAAUAUCAGCAGAGCUUGCAGGAGGCACUACAGCAGCAGCAGCGGCAGCUUCAGCAGAUCCAGCAACCCAAGGCGAGCCAAACUCCAGUUCCCCCUCAAACCUUGGGGGAUCGCAAAGAAUCUGCCAAAGAUCCAGUGAAAACAGAGGAGCAAAAGGGCAAACCCCAUAGUGACCCCCCCACUUCCUCCCCCUCUUCUUCUUCCUCCUCCUCUCAUAAUAAAGUACCCUCUGAGCAGAAAGAGAUGGAUGGCAAAGCUGUGGACCCCCAUCUAGACCAGUACAUCGUCCCCAAGGUGCAGUGUAAACUGGCAUGCCGCAAGUGUCAAGCAGUUUUCACCAAGGAAGAAGCGGCUAUUACCCACCUUAAAUCUAACUGUUUUUUCGGUCAGUCUGUGGCAAACCUGCAAGAGAUGUUGCUGCGUGUCCCUGGUGGCGUAGGUGCAGGGGCUGGAAGUCUCUAUGACUGCCUGGCUUGUGACACUACGUUGGAUGGGGAGAAAGCACUCAGUCAACACCUGGAAUCGGCAUUGCACAAACACAGAACAAUCAAGCGAUCAGCCAGAAAUGCCAAAGAGCACGCUACUAGUUUAUUACCUCACUCUUCAGCCUGCUUCCCCAAUCCUAACACCGCAUCUACCUCGCAGUCUGCCACUCAUCCCAUCAGCAGCCCCCCUCCCCCGCCAACAACAUCAGCCACCAUGCCAUCCUCUGCUGUCUCCUCUUCCCUGUGCUCCUCCUCGACUACCCCACUCAACACCACAGCUGCCGGCAAACCAUGGCCCCAGGCCCCUUUCUCCAGAGCUUUAGCUGGGAAGCCCAAUGCCAGUCCCUCCUCUUCUUCCUCCUCUUUUCCUCCAAUGUCCUCACCUUCAACGGUUACCUCAAGUUCAUUGAGCACCUCAGGAGUUCAGACCUCGAUACCAACAGACGUCUUUACCGACGAGUCUGAUUCUGACAGCAGUCAGAAGUCAGCAGACAGGCUUGGCAGGACGGCGGAGGAGCCGCAGCAGCCUGGCUUUGUCAAAGACAGUAGUAGUUGUAGUAGUAAUCUUGCUAGUGUAGGAACAGACUCCAUCAGAUUGUAAAAGAGCUUUCAGUGAUGGACAAUAUUUAAAAAACACUAAAAAAAAAGACAAAAAAAAUCACAAAUGGAAAAAACAUAAAAAGCAGCAAUGUUAAAAAUACAUUAAAAGUAUACAAACCAAUUUCAGAAAAAGAUGUGUAAAGACUAACUGCAAUUCCAAAGCUUGUAACCAAAAAUUUAAAUGUUAGUGGAUUGUUUUCCCAUAUCAACAUGCUGGUUUUCGUUUUGUUUUUUUUUUUGUUUUUUUUGUUUUUUUUUUCUGUUUUUGUUUUGUUUUGUUUUUGUUUUAUUCAACUGAAAUACAUGCAUACUAAUAUAUGAGAAUAGAAAAGAUCGCUGCAGUUAUGUUUUGGGUAAUGGUAGAGGAAUGCUGUACUGUAUGGCAAUGGACUGCCUCAAAGUUGACAAAUGGCCCAAGAACCCUUUUGAAGAAAUACGAGUCAACAAGCUGUCCCUUUGUUUUGUAAUAAUUUCUACUUAAUAGCACAGUCACAAAAAGCCAGUAUGUACUGUAUGGGAGAAUAGUCUAUCAGUUUUCUUGCUAUUUAAGCAUUCAGAUACCAAUGGCUUGCAAAAGUAAAAGAAUAAUGUAAUGUCUAUUUUAUUCUCAGGUCAACAGCUCACAGAUGUUUUUUUCUGUUACAGAAAUCCAUGUUUUACACCUUUUGUUUCCAACAGAAGAUAAGCAUUUUUUUCUUUCAUAACUUGAUUUAAUAACAGAAAGUUUUAAGUAGAAUGAAAUUUUAAUAAGGCAUUGUUUCUGGGCAUUCAAAAAGGGUAAAUGAUUUGCUGAUUUUAACAUUGGAAAUCCUUUUAAAGGGGGGAAAUCGCAAUCCCAUUAUACCCAGACAAGGAGAGCAUUGCAGACAUAACGGGCGAUAAAAAGAGUUUUGAUUAAAAAAAAAAACAACCUUCUGUAUUUAUGAUAGAUAUGAACAUUUUUGGUGUUAAGUAGAUUGUUGCAUUGGAAAUGAAUUUAAACAGUAUGGUAGGUUGAAAAAAACUUUGUGUACAUUUAGCUUUUGUAUUGUCCAACUUUAAGACGCUUCAUUUGAUGUUGUCUUGGUCAUUCCGAUAGACUAGAUUAUGGACAGGUAAUUUAUCUCAACUUUGUUUCUGUCUUAUUCUCAAACUUCUUGGGAAACGUUCACCCAAAUGCCCCUCCUGACAAGGCAGGAUCCUCUUUUAGAAUUAUUUAAAUUUUAUGGUUUGGUUGGUACUGCGCUAACCAAACCAAAUAGAUCCUGGGUGAAAUAUUGAAAGUUUUAUUAUUUUUAUUUAAUUUUUGUGUUACCUUUGUGCACUUAUCACUGUCUGACACCUAUUUCUCACUCUACUUGUUCCUCUCUUCGCACUUAUUUUUCUCUGCUCUCCUGUGUUUGUAGAUAUGUACACUACAAAGCAGGUCUUUUGUUCUUCAUGUAGUGUGGCUACAGUCUUUAUUUUCAUUUUGACAUUUUUGUUGUCAUAAAUGAAAAUGAAAAAAGAAUACUAAUAAUAAUUCUCACGCUUUAAGACAAAAAGAAAAUCCAAAGACUAAACACUUUUCACCAUUGGUGCAUAAAUAUGAGAAAAGAGGCUUCUUUAUACUUGAGAAUUUGUUGCUGUUUUUAGAGGAAAGAAAACAAAGUUUUAAAAGAUAAAGGAGUACGCAUCAGAGUUGCCGUUUUUGCUUCUUUGCAAGCAAACAGGUGGCUUUUUUACGUAAAUACCAAAAACCAAAAAGGGCCCUUGUCCUUGCAUUGUGGAGUAGCACCGUUACAGAGCCAUUGCAGUUUGUAAGAUAGAGGUUAUUAAUCUUUGUUUGACUUUUUUGUCACAUUCAAAUGUCCAUUUUUUUUAAGAAAAUGUAUAAGGUCUGGUCUUCAAGGACAUACGUUUUGCUGCUAAUGUAGAAUUUUGAAAGAAAAAAAAAGUACCUAGAUGCAUGCUCAUUUUGCUUUUGGCUAAGCUUUAACUAAAACAAACAAUAAACCAAUUUCUUGCCUCUGCAACACCUUUUUUUUCUUGUUGCAAAAACGGAACUUUGAAGACUGUGAAUAUAUGUUCCAAAGGACAUUUUGCCGAUUUUCUUUUUGAACAGACCAAUGUUUAAAGCCAAUGAUCUAUAACGUUUGUAAAGAACAGUGCAUUCCAAAUAUCACAAUGGAUUUUUCUUAAGCAAGGACUGAUCCUAUUUCAUUUAAUUGCUUUUAAUUGUCACAAUCUAUUUUUUUCUUCUUCUCAUUUUUAAAGUGACUGUAAACUGUUGUGUAAAUUUUUGCAUCAUUGGUUGCUGAACAACGUGACCUCCAUAUGUCAUUUUGUGCUGGCAUGGAACAUUGCUGAGAAUCCCUCCAUCCAGUCAAGGUUGUUGCUCACUUGUUAAGCAAGUAAUAGUGGUUACCAAAAAAUGUAUAUAAUACAUCUGGUACUGAUGCGUCUCAUAGGUUUAGUGACAUUUAUGCCAGUCAACAUACAGCUAGUCUCAGAGGGAAAUGGUGGCUGUUCUGCCGAGGUGUCGUUGCCCCCCUUCCUGGGAAAUCCACCAGUGACUUGUCCCACGUGUCUGCAGGGUGCCACUUCCACACAUAGAUUACAGGUUUUUAAGGGACAUCUUCAUUCCAAAGCAUUAUUUCUGGAAAAAAGUAGGAGGUUUUUUGAAGAUGUCCCUUGAUUUCAAAUAGCAAGGAUGCUUUCAUGUCCAAAGAAGUCACCCACUUCAUUUUGUUGCAAUGGAAAUGGAUGUGCAUAGGUACCCCCCACCCUCUCACUGAUGAUCCAAUGAACUAAAACAUUUAUUUUUAAAAACCAAGACAUAUUUAAAUUUGUGAAACUACUUUUUGGCCACUAUUGUAUAGUCAAUAUAUUCGCCCUAAUGAAUACAAGGCACAAUCUCAGAAGUGUGUUUAAAGUGCUUCGUCUUGCAGAGCAAUGUGAUUUGGUGUUAAUACCACAGCAUGCUGUCGAAAGUCAGGAGAUUUGGUCUGCAAGCUUGCUACUUCUCUAAAGUCCAGUUCCCUGAAAUACUGUUCACGUGUACUUAUUUUUUAAAACUUUCUUAAGUUGUACAGUUUUCCCAAAUAUGUUUGCUUUAUUUUAAUUUUCAGACAAUGUCAGACAUGUAUUGUUAUUUUCUUAUAAGUAUUUGUAUUUUAUUUUAGUUUCUGUAUAUUACUUUUUAUCAUAAAUUAACACUAGCUUUAAUUUGAAUUGCUGAAAUUAAGAAACUAAAACAAAAAAUAUGACCUGGCCACUUUAUGGUGUGAUAAUGUUCUUUAUAUUCAUUGUCUCGAUGAUACUGUUUGCUCUCUUAUUUCCAAAGUGUAAUCUUUUUUGGCUCUUUUGUGGAAGACAAAGUUGAAGUCUCUACAUCAGAUUCAGCCAGCAUGGACUGUGUGUGAGUUUGUAUGCUUGUGUGUGCGUGUGUGUGUGUGUGUGUGCGUGUUUCAUAAGAGCCAGCAUCAAUUCAAGUUUUUUCUCGUUUGCCUUUUAUUUUUUUGUAUAUGUUACACACCAAAACAAACUGAACCACAAAGCUGGAUUAUGAAUAAGUGAAAUUUAGAAAAUCCAAUUUUAACGAUAACGAUCAGAAAUGAUACCGAAGCACUGAGCAGUUUUUACUUUGAUUGAAUUUAUGAAUGUGGCCAAAGCUUUAUGCAGUUGAAACAAAAAGAAAAAAAAAAAAGGUUACAAGUUGUGCCCGAGAUAAGUGUAUAUUUUAUUGUGGCACAAAACGCUAUUGUGGAUAAUUGCAUCCACCGACUUACAUUGGGAUACUUGAUUUUAAUGGACAUUUACAAAGAGAGAGAUAAAGACAAGGUUUUGCUGUAGAGGUCAUCUUUUGCCCACUGUGAAAAUGAACGUGUACCUGUAUACAGAUAUAGAUAUAUUUAAAACAAGACAUCAACUUUUUUUUUUUUUUUCAUUUUUGUUUUCUUUUAUUUUUUUCUUUCGAGAUGAAGAAGGAAUGAAAAGAGAAAAAAAGGACUCUGGGAAGCUUUGGAAAUCUCGUUAGGAGGACAUGAGAGGCUGUGGGCACACCAAAACUGGGCAUGGGGAGCCAAAGGCAGGCUCAAAACAGCUUUAAAACCACCUCCUUAUUUGAUUACUGACAACUCUGUAAUGGGAAUGGACUCUGGAACCAAUGGACAUGUGUGACACAGAGAGGAAAGUCCUUAGAUGAAACUGAACUUAAGUGGCUCCAGCUGCCUCUUUCUCCUUUCUGUCUGUCUCUUUCUUUCUCCAGCUCUGCCUCUGCUUCUGCUCUUUGAUGGACAUUUUCCAAAUUUCAGGACAGGAUGGACAGACAUGCUUGCUUCAUUUCUCCCAGUUCAUGUUGCUACCCGUUUCAUUUCCUUGUGCUUGUCUCUGGUUGACAAGUUAAGCUCUCCAGUCAAAUGGCGGCUCACCCCUCUCUCUGUUGAUUACAUAAUCUAAAAAGAGAAAUUAAUAACAGAGAGAGGGGACGGGUUCUCGAAGCUGUCAUUCUUAAAGAGGCAGUUACACUAAAAAAGCGUAUUAACCAAAAUUAACAACCAAACUAACAACCAAACAACCAUUUGCUCCAACUUCAAAGAUGAACUGUUACUUGGAGCUCUCUGUUCCUUUUGUGACUUCUGGUGCCACAAUGUUUUUUUUUAUGCUUUUAGUUUUUUCUUUUUGUUUCCUUGAAUUACUCCUCCUUUGAGCCUCAUAAGCAUGGCUCUGUGGCUCCAGGCAGCCCAUCCGAGGGUAGAAAAAAACAGCCUUGCAAUGUACAAAAAAGAGCAAGUUAAACCAAAAAUGUUGUUCUUGAUGUCUUUUCUAUACUGUAGUCUUGUUAGCUUUUUUGUUACUGUAAUUAUAUGAUGAAGAUUUCCAAACUGUACCAAAUUACAUGGAAACUAACAUACAUACAACCACAUGGAACUUCAGACUUUUAAAGAAACUUUUGUCACAAAACCUUGUUGUCCUAGUUAAGUUGAUUGUAGAUGGUAAUUGAAUAUACUCCUUUGAAAAUAUUUCAUCAAGUAUGUUUCUUGCUCAUUGUGAUACAUUAAAAAAGUAUGAGCAUAAA